AUGUCAGCAGCCUAUGACUGCGAAGUCAUAGAGAGACCGGGGCAGAAUCUCACGACAGAAGAGCAGCAACAACUACACGCCUCACUCCGCGCCCUCGGGGGUCUAUGCUUCGACCCCGUGCCCAACUACCAAGUCUUCGCCACCGACACAUCCCACGCAUUCGAAGACAAGAUCCUCGUGACAGCAAGGCAAAACGACGCACUCAUCGGCUUCGUCUCCGUCGUCAUCCUGGACGAACCAAAACUGGAACAUCCCGUCAUCCACUCCGGCCUGACAUGCAUCCACCCUCGCCACCGCCGUUCGCGCGGCGUGCUCCAGCAGCUCUUCGGCAAUUUGUAUUUGUAUUUGCUGACGACGCACCCAAAGGGCGUCUGGAUGACCACCGUGACAGAUAUCGUCAGCUCGCUGGUGCAGAUGAGUAUGUACACCAUCGACAACUUCCCCUCGCCCAUCUUACCCACCUUACCCACUCGGGACGCACCAAGCAACAACAACCUCAUAUUCGAACUCCCAGCUCCCAGCGCCAUCCAUCUAGAGAUCGCCCGCACAUUCAGCGCCAGGCAUCGAGCAAAGGCCCUGAUAGCACCCGCGGCCCACUUCAGCGAGGCGGAUUUCGUGUUCCGCGGCUCGAACGACCACGCGGCCGCCGCGGCGUUCAGGAAGGAUGUCGACGCGCCGGACCACUGGCACCGCGACCACGAGGCCUCGGCGUUCUUUCGUGGGCUGUUGAGGCCGGGGACGGGCGAUGAGGUCUUGUUGGUUGGGUUUCUUGACCCUGGGUUUUUGAAGGGGCUUGCUACGAGCGAGAGGCUUGGGGAUGGGUGGAGGGAUAGGUAUUCUAAGCUCUGA